AUGGCACCCCACCUCCACCACCGCGACGACACCUCCAACACACCGCCCUCAAAUUCCAGCACCGCCCUCCCUGUACCCCUCAUCGUAUUCCUCGUUUUCCUCGGCAUCUUCUUGGUGUGUGGCUUCAUCCUGGAGAUGGGGAUGUAUCGUUGGCUAUUACGCGCUACUCCGACCACGAACGGCCAUGCCAUCCUCCCAUCUACGCAAAGAUCCCUUUUAGCACGGCUUACGGCUCAUCAGCCGGCGGUCCAGCUUGAGGACCAAGUCCCGGUCCAAGAUGAAGAUCACGUCCAGCCUCGAGCCGAGAGCAGAGUACCAGAAAGAGGAAGGCCAAGACAAAGAGAAGGUUCACCUUCUCCCCCUGAACCGGAAUCCCAGUCCAACGAUCUUGGACCAUUAUCUUUCGAACCAGAAGAAAGAACGAGAAUAGCGCACCAUAUAUCGAACGCAGAGCGGGCUUUCGAGGCACUGAGAGGGGUUAGACUGCAGGUUGCUGAUCCCGAGAGGUACACCGAGGCGUCCAGGAUCAGGAUUAGUGUUGGAGGAGGGAGUGAUAGGCCUGAAGUUUUGACUGCUGUGAGGCCGAUGGGGGAGGGUAAGGGGAGGAAAGUGGAGGAGGGGAAGAGGCAUGAGUUGAGGGAUGGGGAUGGGGAGUGGGUUGAUGUUGAUGGGGAGAGGGAUGAUGUUUUGGAGGGGAGUGUGCUUGCUUUUAAGGCUGCGCAGGUAUUGAGGGAGAAGGAACGGAGGGAGAGGAGGGUCAGUGGGGAGAGGAAGGAGAGUAGGGGGUUUGAAGAGAGGGUGGAGGGGGGUAGAGUGAGUAGUGGUGCGAGUACGAGGACUGUGGUUAGGGCUGGGAUGAGUUCAAAAGAUAGAGAAAGAGCGAGGGAGAAGGCGUAUCAGAAUAUGGGUGUGUUGGGCAGUGUAUCUGGAAAUGGGAGGAAGACAAGCAGGGUAGAGGAAGGAAAGAAGAAGAUUGCAGUGGAUGAUUAUGAGUCGGAGAUGUUUUGA